AUGGCCGAGCCAAUGGACGUUGACGGCCCUCGUGGCGUCAAAAGGAAGGCUGAUAAUGUCGACAUGAACAACUCACGGCGAAUCAAGGCCCUAGAUCCAGAUGUCAUCAACAAGAUCGCAGCCGGCGAGAUCAUUGUUGCCCCUGUUCACGCACUCAAGGAGCUCAUCGAGAAUGCUGUGGAUGCUGGCUCCACCGCCCUCGAAGUUUUGGCCAAAGACGGUGGUCUCAAAAUGCUUCAGAUCACUGACAAUGGCAGUGGAAUAGAUAAAGAAGACUUGCCCAUCCUGUGUGAACGUUUUACGACGUCCAAACUGCAGAAAUUUGAGGACCUCUCGUCCAUAGCCACGUAUGGAUUUCGCGGGGAGGCUUUGGCAAGUAUCAGCCACAUAGCCCACCUGACAGUCACCACCAAGACCAAGGACUCGACAUGUGCAUGGCGUGCUUAUUACGGCGGAGGCAAGCUUGAGCCCUCCAAGCCGGGGCAGACCGCAGAUCCCAAGCCGGUGGCGGGCAGAAACGGCACCCAAAUUACUGUUGAGGAUCUCUUCUACAAUGUGCCAACACGGCGCCGUGCAUUCCGCUCUGCUUCCGACGAAUACAACAAAAUCAUCGACAUGGUUGGCCGUUAUGCCAUUCACUGCAGCCAUGUCGCCUUCUCAUGCAAGAAACAAGGGGAAUCCUCUACGAGCAUAUCUGUGCCGGACACUGCCUCUGUCGUCGACCGUGUUCGUCAAAUCUAUGGCACUAGUGUCGCCAACGAGCUGGUCGAAUACUCUACCUCAGACGAACGAUGGGGCUUCAAAGCCGAGGGGUAUGCCACGAAUGCCAACUACCAUAUAAAGAAGACGACGUUGCUUCUGUUCAUCAAUCACCGCUGUGUCGAAUCGACAAACAUCAGAAAGGCAGUCGAGCAGACAUAUUCAGCAUUCUUGCCAAAAAGUGGCCAUCCUUUCGUAUAUCUCCGCCUCGAGAUUGAUCCUGGGCGGGUUGAUGUCAACGUACAUCCAACAAAACGGGAGGUCAAUUUUCUCAAUGAAGAUGAGAUUAUUCAUGCCAUCUGUGAGCACAUUCGCAGCAAGCUCGCAGCUGUUGACCAGAGCCGGACCUUCAUGACACAAACGCUGCUUCCAGGUGCCGAUUGGGCAUCCACACAGAAGCAGACCGAAGACGACGCGACCCCGUCGUCGACGACACGUGCCUUCGGGAAGAAGACUACGCGUUAUGAAAAUACUCUCGUCCGGACAGAUACCAACCUACGCAAAAUCACUAGCAUGUUCGCUCCAAGCGAAGAGUCAUCAUCUACACCAAGAGACUCUAGCAAAGCACCGACCACUGCACCCGAUGCGCAACCUCCAGAGGCCAUCGAAUACGAGACUAAUGACCGCGAGCAAGUCCCUUGUCGUCUCGCCAGUGUCCGUGAGCUGCGUGCAGACGUCCGAGAUGACAUGCACCACGAGCUUACAGAGGUAUUCGCAACGCACACUUUCGUCGGGGUCGUCGAUGAGCGGCGCCGGCUUGCAGCCAUACAGGGCGGCGUCAAGCUCUACCUUGUUGACUAUGGUCGCGCCUGCUUUGAAUAUUUCUAUCAGGUCGGACUGACUGAUUUCGGGAAUUUCGGAGUUGUGAAAUUCAGCCCUUCCCUAGAUCUUCGUGCUGUUUUGCGCAUAGCAGCGGAGCACGAAAAGGAGAAAUGCUCUACAUCGGAGGAUGACUUCGAUGUAGAUGAGGUCGUGGACCUGGUGUCAUCACAGCUUAUCGAGCGGCGUGAGAUGCUACUGGAAUACUUCUCAUUCGAGAUUUCCCCGGCCGGAGAGCUCAUCAGCAUUCCUCUCCUUGUGAAGGGCUACACUCCGUCCAUGGCGAAGCUACCGGACUUCCUACUCCGACUGGGCCCGCACGUUGACUGGAAUGAGGAGUCAGCUUGCUUCGAGACAUUUCUGAAGGAGUUGGCGUCGCUCUAUGUUCCUGAGGUGCUGCCACCAACGCCGGGUGAAGCCGAGGCGGCUGCUGCUGAACAAAUCGACGAAGAGCUCAGGGCAAGAAGGAAGCACGUCCGUUGGGCUGUUGAGCAUGUUUUCUUUCCCGCUUUCAAGGCCCGCCUCGUGGCCACAAACAGCUUGAUGAAGGAUGGCGUGUUGGAGGUUGCCAAUCUGAAGGGCUUGUACAGGGUAUUUGAGAGAUGCUGA